AUGGGAAAUGAACAUUCCAGUUCCAAGUCCGUCGACUUCAAUGCCAGUUCCUUGGUAAGGCUGUUGUGAUGUAUAAUGAUGGACGAUGACAUACUCGUGUCAGCUUUUCGAUUUCCAUUUUUGACAUUAUUGCAGGAUGAUGAUUUGGAGGCCUCGCCUCCACCAAAAAAGCGCACGAAGCUCCUCCGCGGAAGUUUUUCCCUUCGGUCGAUUGCAUCAUUUGCCAGUUCGGCCAGAUCAUCCGACCAGAAAUCGAGUGAUCCUGAGAAAACGUUUCGAAAAAGAAAGCACACGAGUAUUCCACGGUCACCAUCCACUCCAACCAGUAAGAUUUCCAUAUUAGGACUUCUAGAUCUCUUGUUCAGGGGUUUUGGGAUUCGAAAGACAUUGGCCGAGUCUUCUAGGACACGGAUUUGAGCCUGAAUUCCCAUGGAGGAGUGACAUAACUGAAAGCGACUUCUUGGUAAGUUUCGGGCGUGAUAUCACACAUUAUCAGAUAUUAAAUUCUGUUGGGAAUGGCCGCUUUGGAGAUGUGUACCGGGCCUGCCGCAGAACAAACCCAGGUCAGCAGGUUGCCCUAAAGGUUCAGAAUAAAACGGAUAUUCUAAAGACCGAAGCAGAAGAACAAAUUUGCAAUGAAGUGAGAGUACUAGUAAGUAUAUCUGAUUCUAGAUCGAGUAACUUUUAAUCUCACUAUUUUCAGAAAUCGCUUGGUUCUCAUCAAUUUAUUGCCGCCUUUUUGGACUCCUGGCAGACACAAACUGAACUGUUUACUGUAAUGGAAUAUGUGGAUGGAUACGGGGAUUUAUUCACACUUUGGAGUGAUUAUGGCCAAUUCUCUGAGGAGCUGGUGAGGUUGUAUGGAGCGGAGCUUGCUCUGGGAUUAGGUAAAUUUAAUGACUUUUAAGUGGACCAAUUAUUUUUGGAUUAUUUACAUAACCGGAACAUUAUUCAUCGAGACAUAAAGAUGGAAAACAUUGCCUUGGAUAUCAAAAUGCAUGUCAAAUUUGUGGAUUUCGGGUUUUCGAAGUUCUUGGCACCCAAAGACCGAACAAAUACCAUAUGUGGUACUCUCCAAUACAUGGCUCCGGAGGUGGCUCGGGGACGUCCUUACGAUUCGGCUGUGGAUUGGUGGAGUCUCGGAGUGUCGUUGUUUGUGAUGAGAACAGGAACAUAUCCAUUUGCGAACAGCAACGCGCUAAAUCAUCGUGAAUUGGUAUUUGAUCAACGUGAUUUCCCAGAAACGUGCACUCAAGAAUUCAAAGAUGUCAUGAAAAUGGUAUGUAGGAUUUUAAUAUUAACAUUUAAAAGUCUGUUCGUGUCAAUGUAAGGUGUCGGUAGCAUGGCAUGAAGACAUUCCGUAUUGGGUAUCUAUGGGGCUCAAUUUGCUACGCUAAUACAGUGGAAAAUGGUGAUUCAAAAAAAAUGAAAGAUACAGCAGAAAAGCAAAAACGCUGAUAAUAAAUAUUUUAAUACCGCUCCAGCAGUUUUCGCAAGAGAUCCAUCCAGACAGUUCUAGAUUUUUUUUUCGGGUCAACCCGUAGGAGGGUUCUGAUUUCAAGCAACAUAUUAUUUUAUUUGAAUAACACGCACAGUCUUAAUGAGGGCUAAAUUCUUUUUAGCUUUUGGCAAUUGACCCGAACCAAAGGCUUCGAAGUUCUCAAGCCCUUUUUGCGCACAAUUUCUUCUACAAUGUGAAUAUUGAAGGCAUUUACAAACAAGAUGUAAGUUGUUCCUAUUCUUACCAAUGCUUUAUAGGUAUGUCCAUGGGAACUCUUGAAGAAUGAAUGUAAAACAAGAAAUUGGGAAGGACGGGAAUUGCCUCAGGGUGGCUAUUCCGAGCAUUACUCACGGGUCUUGUCUAACUUCUCGGGGUUUGAAGGUCGAUUUGACGGAAUGGAAACGGAUUGA